UAUUAUCAGUUCGCGCAGAUUUGUGCUGAAUUACGUAUCUGUUUAACGCGAAUUACAAUGUUAUUUUAAUCAUUUGAGUUGUGUUUCGUUUGAUCAUCGUAUCAUAUAGAAUCUAUCAGGAGAGAGAUAUCAAGAUUAAUUUUAUUGAAAAUCCAAUAUCAUUUAUUUUGUAACACGAGCGACCCAAGAAUAAAAACAUUAAAAGGAGGUUAAGCUUAAUUAGACAAUCAAGAACAUCAAGAAGACAGUUAAGAAAUGAUAUUCAUUAUAUUGAUAUUAUGUACGUUUAUUUUAUUGAUAUAUAAAUAUUACAUGAAUUAUAAAAGAAACUGGCGACUCAUUAAUCUUAUACCCGGACCACCGGGAUAUCCGAUUAUUGGCAAUUUGCUCCAAUUCCUUGUUUCAGCAGAAGAACAAUGGAAGAUAAUCUGUACAUUACUUGAUAAAUAUUAUCCCAUUUUUAAUAUUUGGGGUUGCUUCUUAUUUGCGGUAGUGAUCCGUCAUCCAGACGAUUUGAAGACGAUACUAAACAGCACCAAUCAUAUUGAAAAAGGUAUUAUAUAUAACGUAUUACAUCCUUGGUUCGGCACAGGUCUUCUCACCAGCACAGGUGUUAAGUGGCAAACACGGCGAAAAAUACUAAUACCUACAUUCCAUUUUAAUAUAUUAAAUCAGUUUGUUGACAUCUUGAUCAAGGAAGGCGAUUGCAUGACAAAAUCUUUGAUGGAUGUUGGAGGGACAGUAGUAAAGGAUUUAUUGCCAUUUAUUAGUGAACAUACGCUAAACGCGAUAUGCGAAACUGCCAUGGGUGUCUCUUUACAAAAACUCGGCGAAUUCCAGCAACAAUAUCGAAAUGCGAUUCACGACUUAAUCGAACUGUUAUUCUAUAGAGCAUUCAGGCCUUGGCUUUACAGUGAUAUGAUAUUCUCAUUGUUACCACAAGGAAGAAAGCAAAAGAAAAUCUUAAAAAUAUUGCAUGGAUUUACGGAAAAGAUUAUCGCGGAAAGAAGACUUUAUCAUCAACGUACCAAUGGUCAAUAUUUAAAAAACUUUGAAAGUGAUAAAGAGGCAGAAAUAAAUGAUGUCGAAAUAUUCGGAAUUAAAAAAAAGCGGAUAGCCAUGUUGGACCUUUUAAUAGCAACAUCUCUAGAAAAUUCUCUAACUGAUUUGGACAUCAGAGAAGAAGUAGAUACUUUUAUGUUCGAAGGUCAUGAUACCACAGCGAUGGGCAUAAUGUUUGCUUUAUUACUAUUAGCUGAACACAAGAAUAUUCAGGAACGUGUUAGGAAUGAAAUCAAUAACGUGAUGCAAGAGAAUGGAGAAAAACUUGAUAUGAAAUCACUGCAAAAUUUAUCAUAUUUAGAUAGAUGUUUAAAGGAAUCACUACGUUUGUAUCCCAGCGUGUUUGUAAUAUCACGAUACGCUGCAGAUGAUGUAAAAUUACAAUCAUACACCGUCCCCGCUAGAACGAUCUUAUAUCUUCAUAUCUACGCAGUUCACAGAGAUCCCAAUUUUUGGCCAAAUCCAGAAGUAUUUGAUCCCGAUAGAUUCUUACCCGAGAGGAUGCAGAAUCGCCAUCCUUAUUGUUACCUACCGUUCAGCGCAGGACCGAGAAAUUGCAUAGGUCAACGAUUCGGUCUGCUGGAGAUGAAAGCCAUGAUAGCUCCUUUAGUACAUAAUUUUUAUCUGGAGCCCGUUGAGCAUUUAAAGGAUGUCCGGUUGAAAACAGAUAUGAUAAUUCGUCCUUCUCAUCCGAUUCAUAUGAAAUUCAUCCCAAUCACAUGUAAAUAGUUUAACACGGAUAUUACAUGAAUGUAACAAAUUGAUGCAUUACAAAAACCGAAGAAAACCAUUAUGCAUAUUAUAUAUUCAACAUUAUUUUAUUUUUAUUUUAUUUUAUUUUAUUUUUAUUUUAUUUUUAUGAAAAAAAGUUGUAUAUAUAAACGUUAUAUUUAAUAAAAAUAUAACGUAAUCGUGUAAAAAUCCACACAAGAUAUCUUAUAAGUCAGAUCCUGAUAUAUCCAAAUUUAUCGUGUGUAAGAAUUUGCUAUUGUUAUUUGCAAUCGCAAUAAAAACAUAUAUUCAAAAAAUAUACAUCUACAAAGUUAAUAAAACUAA